AUGCCCACAUCCUCUCAUUGCGUCACUCUCCAGACGUUAUUCCGUAGUGUCGGGUCUGUGGACCUUGCGUUUGAGAAAGCCGAACCACCAAACGGCAUGAAUGGCUCACGUCCGGUUGUCGUUCUUCAUGGACUCUUUGGGCAGAAGCAAAACUGGCGAUCAUUGUCGCGAGCCAUGGCUAAGGAAUUGAACACGAACGUUUACGCUCUUGAUCUUCGUAACCAUGGGACAUCUCCCCACAAUCAAGAUAUGCAAUAUAAAACUCUUGCAUCUGACGUGCUGCACUUCUUCAACACGCAUUCGCUGUCGAACGUCACCCUGAUAGGUCAUUCUAUGGGUGGAAAGGCCGCUUCUGCGGUAGCGCUCAAGCCAGACCUGCCUCCGAAUACUUUAUCAUCCCUGAUCGUUGUCGACGUCACUCCUAAGAAAGUGGCUCUUAGCUCUGAGUUCUCUCAUUAUGCAAAAGCCAUGAAAGCCAUAGAUGAUGUGGAAGUCAGGGAUUCGAAAGCAGCACAUAGGAUUCUCGAGGAAUAUUCUGAUUAUAAAAUUGAACUUCCUGUACGGCAAUUCCUCCUCACUAAUCUUGGCGUAGUGGAUGGUGUCCGCAAGUUCAGAAUUCCUCUUGAUAUCAUAACAUCGCAAUUGCACGAGGUCUCUUGGGAUGGUCCAACAUUAGCUAUAAGUGGAUUGAGGAGCAACUAUAUUAGGGACAAGGAUAUACCUAUCAUCAAAAUGCUGUUCCCCCGCGCUGAAUUCGCUUCGCUUGAUGCUUCCCAUUGGGUUCAUGCAGACAGGCCCAUCGAAUUUCUGCAAUUGGUCAGAGGCUUCCUUAAAAAGCAUCAGUAAUGCCUGCAUGCUCAGUGCCCCUCACCCCUUCAGAGUGCUGCAUCUGUCGGAAGCAGUCGGCGUGGUUGGGCAGCGCGAAGUUUCUGGCAUCAUUGACAUACAGUGAAGCGAAAACAAUACAUAAUCCUUUCAUCUCCUGCGUAGCACAUAAAAUAGUGGUCUAAAAACCUCCAAGCAUUAAUCGAUGCGUCAUAUUCAGUAGCGAAGAUAAGGAACCUAACCCACAUUCUACCGUGAGCCAAAGGAAGCGCCAUUCAAUUAGUAGUAACAUUAGGGGGCUUCUGCCCGCGCGAUUUGGCAUAACGAUGUACCUAUCCCUCCUAUCUAAUAUGACGAUGGGACCCGAGCACAGGCCCGCGGCCCGCCCAGGACAUG